AUGGUCGGUCCACCCGUCAGCAACCGCGAUCGCCUUCGUCACCAGCACGUCCCGCUGAUCUCGCCUCCGGACGAGGACAUAGUCCAGCAGGUGCCACUGACGCGACCGAGGAUGCCUCCAGGUGGCCUUCUCUCGCACCGGCAGACAGAAGAAGGUAUUCGUCAGGAUGAGGCGGUGUUCUGCGCAGGUGCGGAGGAGAAGCAGGCCGUUGUCGUUGGAGCCGCGGAGACCGUGGGGACCCAGCACUCCCCUCCAGGCAGUAUGGUCUGUGCCGACGCGGGCGUUGAAGUCACCAAGGACAAUCAACUUGUCCGCCUUCGACACAGUCGCCAAGAGGGCGUGCAGGUCCUCGUAGAAUUUGUCUCUGACGGCGUCGGGGUUGGUCAUCGUCGGAGCGUAGGCGCUGAUGAUGGUGGCGAAUUGGCCUCCCCAGAGAGGCAGGCGGAGGCUCAUCAGGCGAUCGUUGAUGCCCUGCGGCAAACAGUGGCCUUGUCGGCCACUGCGCCCACGCCCACCUGA